UUAAAGGGAUUGAAAAAAUAACUUUAAUUUGUUCCAUUCAGUCGGAAUAAAAUGAAUAGCUCAAUAUUUAUUAAAAUUUUUUAAUGAAAUUCAAUUUACUGUAUCUUUAUACCUUGGAUGUCGUUCAAAUUGAUUAUACAUAGUUAAAUAAGGGCUUUCAAUAUGGAAACGUAAAAAUUAAAAAUAAAAAUUAUACGGUCAAUUUUGAUCAGUUAUUGCACAAUGUAAAGACGAUAUUUUUAAUUUCGUUCUAUUGCAUGCGAGAAUUGGGCAAUUUUAAGUUGACUAUUUAAGCGGGUACCAUGUACAUAUUCUGCAUAAAUAAUAAUAUAACAUAGCCAAAUAUAUCUGACUCAAUUUUUAGAGUCAUAAUAAUGUUAUCUAUUAUUACUCUUUUUUCAUUAUAUUACCCAAAAACAGGAAUAAACAAUGAGCUACUUUACUGUAUUGCGCUUUAGACAUUGCGCAAUUUUAAAUAAGUCUCUCAUAGAAAAAUGUUUAAUGCAAUAUUUAAUGUAUCAUGCAAGAGUAUAUUCUACUGAAAUUGAUAACCAUCAUAAAAAUUAUAUUGCUAAAAAGGAUAAUAUCAACAGAAGAAAAGUAUUUAAAUCGCGAAUACUUGAUGACAUUAAACAGACUAAACGAAAAGUAGAAGAAAUUAUUGAGAAAGAAAAUAUUUGGACCAUACCAAAUUUCCUCUGCAUGGGUCGAAUUCUGACAUCACCUUAUUUAAGUUAUUUAAUUCUGUCACAAGAGUACCAGGUAGCACUGUGGUUGUUAAUAAUUUCAGCGUUUAGUGAUUUAGCAGAUGGAUGGAUUGCACGUACAUGGACAUCCCAAGCUUCUAAGCUUGGUAGCUUUUUAGAUCCAGUCGCGGAUAAAUUACUUGUAGGUACACUAUUUUUGUCAUUAGCAUGGGUAGGAUUGGUUCCUAUUCCCUUGACAUGUCUCGUCAUCGCAAGAGACACUGCCCUAGUGACAGCUGCAUCGUACAUAAGAUACCAAUCUUUACCACCACCAAAAACACUGGCCAGGUAUUUUGAUCCUACAUAUGCCACAGUACAAUUAGCUCCAACAUAUAUAAGUAAAAUUAAUACUGCAAUUCAGUUGUCUUUUGUUGCUGGAACAUUGGCUGCUCCUAUAUUUCAUUUUAUAAACCAUCCAAUUUUGGAAAUUUUAUGUUAUCUAACUGCAGUGACAACACUAGCAGGUGGUAUAAGUUAUUUGGUAUCAAACAAAACAUAUAAAAUGUUAAGAAAGAAAACUUCAACAAAAUCACCCCCUUAGGUAUAACAUAUGUAUAUUAUAAACACUGAAUACUAAGAACAGAACAUUGCCAUUAUUUGUAAAUUUAUUACUGUACAAUAUGAUAUAAUUUAAAUAUACAUACAGGAAUAAAAUUAGUAAUAAUGUA